AUGGUUGCGGCUUCCCCAAGAUUGGAUGUAAAUAAUCCGUUUUUACGAAAAAUUAUAAGUGAACAACGCUUGAAGACCUGGGAAUUCGAAGAGGAACAGCAAAGAGAAAUUAUUGAAAAAAGUUUAAAAGAUAUUUCACGAUCCGCUAUUGCCUGCAAACGCUACACCCGCAAUGUCAUCGAAGAUCACAGUCGUUUAUUAACAGAAAUAGAAAAUGUUCAUAAAGAACUGAAUAAAUUGGCGGAAUUUGAUAAGCAAACUCACAAAUUAUCGGAUGCAGACAAAGCCACCUGGUUGACUGCGGCAACAAUUAUGAAAGCAAGCCAUUCUUUUGCGGAAUCCCAUAAGGAACAAAGAGAUACCUUUGUUACUUCCAUAGUUGAGAUGCAGCGUCUGGUUCUGAAGAUCCUAAACUUUGGAGUUAAACACUUCACUUGUUCACGGUUAAUUGUUGAUAAAAGCAAAUGCUCCUUCCGUGAUGAUCAUAACUGUAAAUUAGAACAGAAGAAAUGUCGUAAAACGUGCCUGUGUUCUGAUUGCGAAAGCCCGCUACCUGAUAUUUCUCCGUACUUAGGCAAUCGUACUGGACGUGAUAUACCCUGUGCAAAUCCUUGUACGAAUGAAGAGGACUCCACGGCAACUGUGUCUUCAGAAUUAAAAGAAAUAAAACAGCGUGUCUAUGAACAAUCCCAAAUAACUCGAGGAAUCCUCACAGAUUUGCAAGUCUCUCAAAAUGCGAAUGAGAUGCUUCAAGCAAAAGUUGUUCGAAGGGCUAUUGAUGACAUCUCCAGCUACCCAAAUGAAGAUUUAGAAAAUGAUAAGCAAGCUUGCAAUCAACGAAAACGGAGGAAAACCUCUUUUUCCGAAGACAGUAACGAUUUUGCGAACACUUCGAAAAGGGAAAAAGUACUGCCACUUGUCGACAGGAAUCAGAAAUUUGCCAACUGUUCUCUACCCGAAAACCAAGUUACCUCAAAAGAGUGUUCUUCUAUAAGUUCUUCUGAUUGCAACAAACUUUCUUCCACCUCAAGCAAUUUGAAUUCCAACAGCUACGCCUACAUUAAACUAGAGCCAGUGGAUGAGUGUGAUGGAACACUAAAACCCGAAUUAGAUUCUGAAAGAGGUUCAAUUGAUAUGGAGAUUGAUUCCGAAUCUCAGAACACAACUUGUGAUGAGGCUAUAGGGGAUAUUAAAGAUGAAAUACCGUGCGUUCCUUCGAGCUGUCCGGAAGAAUUCAUACGAAAACAAUUAAAUGCCCCGAGUAUAGCAAAAGAAGAAACUUUAUAUCCAACAUCUAGUUAUCAAAUCUCUCAUUACGACAAAAUGAUCUCAAGCCCGAAGGUAACAUUAAACAUCACUCCAUUAUCCGGCGAUGAAAAUGAACCAGGAUCGAAAAGAGAAAAAAGUGGAUGUCCAUCCAGCAUUACAAAAUCGAAAGCUCCCGAACAAAGUGUAUCAAACAUAAUCGGAAAACGCCUUGUUUGUAGUCAAACAGUACCAGAAGCUAAUGUAGAAUCUGUUCUUCAUGCUGCUUUGAAACGACCUCUAGCAACUCCGAAGUCCGAGCCACCUAAAGUAGUGACACCCACUUUACCGGGAGUGUCUUCAACACCAUUCAUGGGUAGUUCGAUGAUUCCACCGCCUUUCCCUAAUCCGCACAUGUUUAUGUACAUGCCUGGACCUCCUCCACCUUUCCCAUUUCCACCUUGGCCUUAUCCGAUGCCUCCCCCCAAAAAUGGGCCAGAAGCAUAUCAUGUUCCGCCUCCUCCUAUGAUGCCUCAAUGGAUGUCAAACUUCUAUGGUCACAUACCACCAUUCAACUCUUUUUCUCUACCUGCCAGGCCCCAUAGUCGUCGGCAUCCAGAACAUGAACCAGCAGAUCCAGAGACGAAUAAUCGGAAGCAUUAG